AUGGCACAUUUAAAUGGAUGUGUAUUAAAAGAAGGCAAAGCGAAGUGGGGAUGGGCGAACGAUAAGGGGGAGGUAUUCUCAGCUGGAUUGGUGAGAAAGGAGCUGCAAUCGGCUAGACUGACUCAAUACAACGGACAGGAGUAUAAAUGGAAUCCAUGGGCUCCGGCGAAGGCGAACUAUUUCGUGUGGAGAGCUCAGGACGGAUUAAUUCCGACGAGGACUACAUUGGUAAGACAGGGUGUUCAGAUGCAGGACACCCGAUGCCCAGCUUGCUCGGCUGCAAUGGAAUGUAGCGAUCAUCUGCUGGUGUCAUGUGGGUUGGCGAAUCAUGUAUGGACGCAUAUAUGCUUGUGGUUAAGGAUCCCAAUGUACACUUCUCUGGAGUCGGUGGCUGAGGUAGUUAAUUACAUAACAGCUGCAGGUACUUCAGAAAGGCAUAAGAGAUUGAUGAACCUAGUUGCAACAACAACUUUAUGGAGGAUAUGGUCAGCUCGGAAUGAUCGGGUUUUUAAUAAUAAACCCAUCCAGAUGGAAGCGGUGUUUGAUGAGGUCAAAGAAAUAACUAUCUUAUGGCUAAGUAUGAGAUCAAAAGAAGACUGCAGGGCAUGGGAUUUAUGGAAUAGUCCAGCUGCGAGUGUGUAA